AACUCACAGUUCUCAGGUCAGAAGUCCAACUACAGGUUAGCCGGAUCCUCUGCUCACGGUCUCAUCAGGCUGAAAUGAAGAAGACAGCCAGGCUGCACCUCACAAUGGAGGCCCGGGUCCUUCUCUAAGCUCAUCCAUUUGGCAGAAUUCACUUCCUUGAAGUUGUAGGAUGGAAGCCUCUGCUUUCUUAGUAGCUGUCAACUGGGAGUCGGCUCCCAGAGCCACCUUGCUGAGCGGCCCCCUUUAGCCAUGCUUUGUGAUGUAAUCAUGGGCGUGACAGCCCCUCACCGAAGUGUAUAGGUCAUUUGGAGCCAUCUUAGAAUUCCACUAACCACAGCAGCCUACGACCACACUUCACAUUAAAGACAUUAGAGACAUUCCCGUCGGUCUCUGAAUCAUGUUAUGAUGAUGGUGAUGGCAGCAGCGACUUCCAUCUGGAACACCAAUUGUGUGCCAGCAUUUUGCCAGGUUUUCCUUCUUAGCUGUUUCUGCAGCCCACCAAUCUCCGUGCGCACCGCUGCAGUAAUCCCGCCCGUUAUUGACAAUCCAACCAAUCAACGAGCGUCCUGCUUGGGGCCGGAACGGUCACUCAGAGCCAGGAGUUCGGCAUUCUAGCCCCGCCCCUCAGGCGGCUUGGCCAAUCCCCCGCGGCGGCGCAGGACGUCGCCCGGGAGCUGUCCCAGAGACCACGUGGUCCCAGGAGGCGCCACUGCCUGGUAGGUGGAGGGUUACGCGGCCUGAAGGCGGGUGGGCGGAGCGGGACCGACCGGCCUCGCCCCCGGUGACUUGCUGUCCUGUGCCCUCUUCCAGCCAUGGGCGUGCAGCCCCCCAACUUCUCGUGGGUGCUGCCCAGCCGGCUGGCGGGGCUGGCGCUGCCCCGGCUACCCGCCCACUACCAGUUCCUGCUGGACCAAGGUGUACGGCAUCUGGUGUCCCUGACGGAGCGCGGGCCCCCGCACAGCGACAGCUGUCCCGGCCUCACCCUGCACCGGCUGCGCAUCCCAGACUUCUGCCCGCCGGGCCCGGAGCAGAUCGACCGCUUCGUGAAGAUCGUCGACGAGGCCAACGCCAGGGGAGAGGCGGUGGCCGUGCACUGUGCCCUGGGCUUUGGCCGCACUGGCACCAUGCUAGCCUGUUACCUGGUGAAGGAGCGGGGCCUGGCUGCCGGAGAUGCCAUCGCUGAGAUCCGGCGCCUUCGACCCGGCUCCAUCGAGACCUAUGAGCAAGAGAAGGCGGUCUUCCAGUUCUACCAGCGAACGAAAUAAGGGGCCUCCGUACCCUUCUGCCAGCCCUCCGCGGCCCUGAUCUGUGCGUUAGAUGGGGCCAGAGAUGCAGAAGUGGACCAAGAGCGCUAAGCUCUCCAGUACGCAGCUGACUCAAGGGACUGAGGAGCCCUUCCCUGCAGGCAGGUCCUGGUAGGAGGAAUGCACUGAUGUGGGGUGGGGAGGGCCCUUUGCAGCUGCCUUGAAUAAAUAACUUAAAGAACAGCUCGCA